AUGGACGACAUGGAGUAUUGGAAGGACGUGGGGCUGGGAAAGGGCGCGUGGCAGUGCGACGCGAGCGGUGGACGCGAGAUCUUACCGCAGGACGAAGCGACGGUGUUCGAGGAGCUACCCAGUGCGCAUUCGCCGCGGUUCGCGCUCUUGCCGAGCGUACCGACGGUCGCCGCGCGAACGGACGACAGACACGUCGCCGUGUUUUUCGAUGGAUGUCGUUACCGGUGCGAGUUUGACGUCGAUGGCGGUACGGUUGGCGAAUUGGCGCGCGCGUUAUGCGCGGGCGGGUUGGGCUCUGGAGCGGACAUGACCACGGGGGCGCGGCAAAAGCUCGACGGCCCGGAGUCACUAGUUUUGUUUUAUUGCGGUAAGCGUUUGGACGACGACGACAACAAAGUCAGUAGCUAUGGGGUGCCUCGAGGGUGUAAGAUCUUGCUCGGCAUCGAUCGAGCGCUCGUGGAGCGAGCCGAGGCCGGAUUAGGCCCCGGGGAGGACGAUGAUUUUUGGGCGUGA